GUCCCUCAGUGGUGUGCGGAGUAUGCCCUUUCGCUGCAGUUCGCCCAUGGCCAGGUGGUCUGCACUCAGCCCCACAGCCUGGCUGCCUUGAGUCUGGCCUUACGCGUCGCAGAUGAGAUGGACCUUAACGUGGGCCACGAGGUGGGGUACAGCAUCCCUUACGAAGACUGCUGCGUCUCGGAGACCCUGCUCAGGUUCUGCUCGGAUGAGGUCCUCUUGCGAGAGAUGACCUCUGACCCGCUGCUGCGACAGUAUGGAGUGGUCGUGCUGGAUGAGGCCCAGGAGCGCACGGUGCCCGCGGACCUGCUCCUGGGGCUGCUGAAGGAUGCCCAGCGCCAGCGCCCUGAGCUGCGCCUCGUGGUGGUGACGGAGCCCUCGCUGGAGGAGCCGCUGUGCCACUUCUGCCAGGAUGCCCCGCUGGUGCGGGUGCCACCCGUCAGCCCGCCCCCCCGCCUGACCUACCAGGAGACCUCACCUCAGGGCCGGGUCACUGCUGCCUGCCAGGCCGUGCUGGAGCUGCAUCGGCAGGAGGAGGCGGGAGACGUGAUGGUCUUCUUGGCCAGCGAGCAGGAAAUCCAGGAGGGUUGCGAGGCUCUCCGCUUGGCAGCUGCAGCCCUGGACCCCUGCCUCGGCUCCCUGCUGGUGCUGCCCCUUCAUCCCGGUGUGGGGCGGCAGGUCCAGAAGCUCUAUGAGACCUUGGAGCCACCGGCCGGAGGCCCGGCGCGCCGGGUGAUCGUCACCCACUGGCUGGCAGAUUCGGCCUUCUCUGUGGGGAGCGUCAGGCACGUUGUUGACACGGGGCUGGAGCUGCGCAGUGUUUACAACCCGCAGAUCCGUGCCGAAUCGCAGGUCCUGCGCCCAAUCAGCAAGAAGCAAGCGGAAGCUCGACGGCUGAGGGCAGCUGGGAGUCCCUCCGGGACGUGCCUGCGCCUCUAUGCCGAAUCCUUCUACGAGCAGAGCUUCCCAGCCCUCCCUCCAGCACGUGUCACUGAGGCCAAUCUGAGCCGCCUGGUCCUGCUGCUGAAGAGGCUGGACAUUGCGGACAUGGGCCAGUGCGACUUCCUCGACCGGCCAGCCCCGGAAUCCCUCAUGCAGGCCCUGGAGGACCUGGACUACUUGGCAGCCCUGGAUGACGAUGGAAACCUCUCUGAGGUGGGCAUCAUCAUGUCCGAGUUCCCUGUCGACCCCCAGUUGGCCAAGGCCCUGCUGGCCUCGUGCGAAUUCGACUGCGUCCAGGAGAUGCUCACGCUGGCGGCCAUGCUGACAGCCUGGCCCUGUUUUGUCACCCCGCCCGCCCGCCGGGGGGAGGCAGUGGCAGCCCGGCAGCGAGCCCUGCUGCACCCAGCUGGAGACCACUUCACCCUCAUCAAUAUCUUCAACGCCUUCCUGCAGCAGAGUGAGCCCGAAAGCUGGUGCCGGAAGCACAGCGUGAGCGAGGCAGCCCUGCAGCUGGCCAGGGCUGUGCGGGCAGAGCUCCGGGAAGUUAUGGAGCGCAUCGAGCUGCCCAUCUCCCCGCCCGCCUUUGGCGCGGACGGCAACGUCCUCCGCAUCAAGCAAGCCCUCCUCUCGGGCUUCUUCCUGAAGGUGGCUCGGGACAUUGAUGGCUCUGGCAACUACCUGCUCCUGACCAGCAAGCACGUGGCCCAGCUGCCCCCCUCCUGCGGCUACCGGCUGCGCCAGCCCUCCGUGCGCCCACCUCCCUGGCUGCUCUACCAUGAGUUCACCAUCUCGCUGGACAACUGCCUCAGUGUCGUCUCGGAGAUCGAGCCAGAAAUGCUAGCAGAAUUGGCCCCCCAGUACUACCUGAGCAACCUGCCUGCCAGCGAGAGCCGGGACUUGCUCAUGGAGCUGCGGGAGAAGUUGGCUGGAGGGGCGGAGGCACCACCUUCCCCCCAAGGCGAGGAGCCUCCAGCCGCCCAAGCUGCCGACGACAGCGACGACGUCUGCGUGCUGCAGUGA